UCAGUACUAGUAGCUGGCUAGCUGUUAGCAUGCUGCACUGAAGUUGUAUCACGGAGGUGCUAACGUCAGAGGCUGCGGUCAGUGAGUCUCCAUCUGCACCUUUCCCGCACUCGGAGCGUCAGUGACACUGAGUCAGUGCGAGCGGACUGCAUCCGGAGAUCAGUCCGUGCAUGAACCUACAUUGCAAGUUAAGUCUUCGUUUCGGCUUCACUCACGCUCCGGUUUGGUGCUUUUUCUUUUCCUCUGAUCUGGGGUCUGUUUGAGAAGCCAGCAGCAUCAUGCAGCACAUGUCGUCUCCCGUCAGGUUCCGCAGCAACAAGAAAGUAAAGGAGUUGUCCAGUCUGUCCAUUGAGGACCGGGAUGAAACUCCAUUCCCUUUUGCCAUGAGGGAUCUGCCUCCCAUCUCGCAGUCUGGCAAUCAGCAGCAGACACCUUACCAGCAGGCACCAGUGCAAGCAGAGGGAACUGGGACAUCGACACAGAGGCUGGCCGGCCUACCGGGGACGCCCAUGCUGCCUCGCGCCAUCCUGUGCAACCCUGCGGGCUCUCCAACAGUCCCCCAUAGACCAGGCCGCAUUGGAGAGAACCCGGACCUUCAGCUUUCGGCGCUGAGGAGGCCGCUCUUCUCUCAGGUGUCGGUAGAUUGUCCUCUCAGCCCGGCGUCACGUCCCCACAGCCCCUGGGGACGCUUUGACCCGUACGACUCUCCCGAGGACCAGGACAAAGAGUAUGUGGGUGUUGCCACAUUACCCAACCAGGUUCAUAGAAAGACCGUGAAGAAAGGUUUCACAUUUACCCUUCUGGUGGCAGGGGAGUCUGGCCUCGGUAAAUCCACACUAAUCAACAGCUUGUUCCUGACGGAUCUCUACAAAGACAGGAAGGUUCCCAAUGCACAAGAACGGAUUGAUCAAACGAUCAACAUCGUCAAACACACCAUCAGCAUCGAAGAGAAAGGAGUCAAAGUGAGGCUCACCAUCAUAGACACACCGGGGUUCGGAGACGCUGUCAACAACGCAGAAAGCUGGAAGCCGAUAGAAGACUACAUCGACCAGCAGUUUGAGCAGUACUUCAGAGAUGAGAGCGGCUUGAACCGACGGAACAUCCAGGACAACAGAGUCCACUGCUGCCUCUACUUCAUCUCUCCGUUCGGCCACGGUCUCCGGCCUCUGGAUGUUGCGUGUAUGAAGGCGUUGCAUAACAAAGUCAACAUCGUUCCUGUUGUGGCCAAAGCGGACAGCCUGACACAAGCGGAGGUCGACAGAAAGAAAGUGAAGAUCAGGGAGGAUAUUGAGCAGUUCGGCAUCCACAUCUAUCAGUUUCCGGAGUGUGACUCAGACGAGGAUGAAGACCUACAGAAACAGGACCAGAUACUCAAGGACAGCAUCCCAUUUGCAGUAAUUGGGAGUAAUGUUCAGGUUGAGAGUGAAGGUCGCAAGUUCAGAGGUCGUGUCUAUCCCUGGGGUCUAGUCGAAGUAGAGAACCCGGCUCACUCUGACUUCCUGCUGCUGAGGAACAUGCUGGUGAGGACGCACAUGCAGGAUCUGAAGGAUGUGACGGGGGAGACUCACUAUGAGAACUACAGAGCCCAGUGCAUUCAGAACAUGACGCUCAUGGUGGUGCAGGAGAAGAAACGCAGUUUGCGGGAGAACCAUCGAGAGCAGAGCGAGACAGACUUUCCUCUGCCGCUGGCUGCCCCCAACUCUCGGACGGAGAGAACCAUAUUGGACAAAGACAAAGAGCUGAGGAGGAUGCAGGAGGUGCUGGAGAGGGUCCAGGAGCACAUGCAGCAGAGCCAGAGGGGGGGAUUCUGAUUGGGAUUCUCGAGAGAAAGGAGAGGGUCUACAAUCCGAGAUGGAACUUGUAUGAAAACAACAGAAGAAACGUUGUGGACUGAGUCUUCCAGCAGAUCACACGGACUCACAGGUCGAUCGAUUGUGACAAUCAUCCAACAUCUCCAUCCGGAGAAAUGAUUACCUUUUAUUUUAUUAAAUCACUAAAUGUGUUCCAGGACUGCAACUUGAGUAAUAACCUUGUUAAGGAUGUUAGUCAUCUUAAGGUUUUUUUUCUUUAGCGACGUGACUGAGUCAACUGUAUUUUUUUUUUUUUACAUUU